GUCAAUCCAGCUUUGUUCAAGGAUACAUCGCCACGUAUGUUCAUAUUCUGGUCGAACAAUGAUGAUCCAGUGAGAUGCAUUAACACUCUUUGCCCCGGUUUUGUCACGACCGGAAAAUUACCACUUGGUGCACAGAUGUCAUUGAUUUCCCAAUACAAUGAUCCAAAUAAGCAAUAUGUUGAACGGUUUCAUCUGUUCCGGGAUGCAAAUACUAAAAACUGGUGGCUUAAAGUGGGAGGGAUUGACAUAUUAGUCGGGUAUUGGCCAAGUGAGCUUGUUCCUAAGCUGACAUCUGAUGGAGCCAAGGAAAUAUUCUGGGGUGGCCAAAUGUAUCCAGCGAAGAAACGGUUGAGAAACCUAGAAAUGGGAAGCGGCCACUUCCCUGAAGAGGGCUAUGCUAAGGCAGCCUAUGUUAGUAAGAUAAUGUAUGCAUUACAUGAUGGACCUGAAUUGAUAAAGCCCUCCUCCGACCAAAUAGAUGAAUCCGUAGACAAACCACAAUGCUAUGAUGUUGACUCGGAUGUCCGAUACUCAGAGGAAAGGGGAUAUUAUAUCUUCUAUGGUGGAAAACCUAGCAACUUUUGUCCUUAUUGA